UUAACUCUCAACUCAAAUUAUACCCUUACAAAAUCAGAUGAAAAGCACGCCCACUGUCACCCCCACAAAGCCUUCAUUUCUCAAGCCGCUACAGAUCCGUGUCAAACCUAAACAAGCCUCUACAACCGUGGAUUAAUUUUUAAUCAUUCAAUCUUUUCAAAAGUGGGAUCUAUCCACGUGACAACGCUUUAAUCAAUUAGAAGUCAUCGUUUCGGUUUUCUGAAGCUGUAAAGACCUUCAAAUUUCAUCUUAACCGAUGCAGAUCAGCGAAAUUUACCGUCCAGUCGUUUCUUUCUCUCUCUCUCUGUCUGUCUUGCUAUCAUGGUGUCUGUGGCCGCCAAAUCUGCUAAAGUUAUGAAAACGAAGAAGCCGUCGGGUCCCAAGAAACCUAGGGCACAUCCUCCUUAUCUCGAGAUGAUUAAGGGGGCGAUUGUGGCUCUGAAGGAGAGGAGCGGUUCGAGCCAGAUAGCGAUUGCGAAGUUCAUCGAACAGAAACAGAAAAAUUUACCACCGAAUUUCAAGAAGCUUUUGCUUGUUCAAUUGAAGAAGCUCGUCGCCGGCGGAAAGAUCACAAAGGUCAAAAACUCGUUCAAGCUCUCUGUGGCGGAGAAGCCCAAGGCUGCAGCCACCACCGCCGUUAAGAAGGCAGCUCCGGCGAAGUCUAAGACUGGUGGUUCUGUGAGGCCAAACGCUGCAACUCCGUCUAAGGUGAAAAAGGUUACCACCAAGGCGAAAGCAGUGGCAAAGCCGAAAACAGUGGCAAAGCCGAAAAAGCCUGCGAAGACUGCGGCGGUGACAACGCCGGGGAAGAAGGUUCCGAUGAAAGCUGCAAAGCCGGCGGCGGUGAAGGUUAAGAAGCUGAAGAGCAUAAAGACGCCGGUGAAGAAAGUUACGACGAAGAAAGGGAAGGAGUGAGAUUGUUGGGUUCGUGGUCAGGGUUAGGGUUAGGUCUGUAAAUUUAUUAAUCGGUGGGGGCUUAGUUUGAAUGACAUAUGUUUUCUUUUUGUUUUUUUGAUAUUUUUGUCUUUUCCUUUCCUUAGUUGUAGUUUGAUUCGUUAGUGUGUGUUAAAAGGCUUUCUUUCUAAAUGCAGUUUUAAUUGAAGACUGAAUCGUUUGUGUGUG